UCCCAACAGACCACCGCCUUUCGCGGCCUCUUAGCGCCACCUGGCGGCUGCCUCCCACAUCGCAGCCUUGAGCCCUGGCUCUGCCUAGCCGGCGGUGAAAUGGAGACGGCAGCGACUGGGAGCGAGGAGUCGGGCGCCGCGGAAGGGCCCGUGGAGGCAGCAGCGGGGCGGGAAGAUGGCGGCUGCGAGGGUCUGUGGGAGCUGCCCGUGGAGCGCUGCGUGAGGCGGGCCGAGUGCGGGCGCUGCAGCCGUCCUCAGAAGGUGUGUUUGUGUCCAUUCUUCCCUGUACAUCCUCUAAAAGUCUCCACCUGCUUGUAUAUAAUUCAGCAUCCAGCGGAGGAAAGUCGAGUAUUACGGACAGUGCCUCUUCUAGCUGCUUGCCUCCCUGGAGACAAGUGUAAAGUCUUGAUUGGCCGACGUUUUGGUGAAGAUAGGUAUCCUGAAUUAGCAGCUGUGUGCCGAAAUUCUAGUACUCUAAUUCUGUAUCCUGGAGCUGAAGCAGCUAAUUUGGAAGAAUUGGCUUUGAUCUUCCCAAGUCCAUCCACAGUCAUCAUCAUUGAUGGAACAUGGAGUCAGGCUAAAGAUAUAUUCUACAAAAACUCUCUUUUCCGGCUUCCUAAGCAGGUGCAAUUGAAAACAAGCAUUUCAAGUCAAUAUGUAAUUCGUACCCAGCCAACAAACAACUGCCUUUCUACACUUGAAUGUGCAGCUAUUGCCCUUGCCAUCAUGGAAAAAAAUGAUGGUAUUCAGGAGACUAUACUCCGCCCUCUUCAAGCUUUGUGCUCUUUCCAACUUCAGCAUGGUGCCCAGAUCCAUCACAGCAAGGAGCAUCUUCUUAAAAAUGGUUUAUAUGACAAACCCAUGCCAAAGAAUAAACGCAAGCUCAGGAGAAUGGAACUCUUAGUGAAGAAUGUUAAAAUCUAG